GAUGGAGGCUGGGCCAUGGGCAGCACUGCCUUCUGCUGCCUAACAACACUGAGACUACAGAUAAAACGCAUACUGCAGAGCACAGAAUAGCGGACAUCAUCACAACGCUGCUAGAAAUGCAUCUAACGGUACCGAUAAAGUAAAGUUUGUAACGAGUUUAAAAGGUAAGCAAGGGUAAAGGUUAGCGCCGGCGGCUCAGAACCAGUGUAAGCUAAUUGAAGUUUAACAGGCUAACAUCAGGUUUAGCUCUCAUCAGGCAGCUAGCAACGUUGGCUACAAGUGUCGCCUGUCUCCAGCAGCUUGGUUAGGUCAACGCCAGUUUGUGAGAGCAAUUAGUCUUUUGAAGUUGCUCACUGAAAUAUUGCGGUUUACAGCGUUAGUUUAGGAUACUUCUUUUACUGUAAAUGUCAAACGUUGGGUUGCUAGAUAACGGGUAACACUGAGCUUUUUUUAACGUCUGCUCUCACACGCCGUUCAGAAAUGACUGCAGCAAGUAGAUUUGAUUUAUUAAUUGAUCAUUUAAACUUCAGAAUACAAUGCUAACAUUAUUUCUGAUGAGCUCACCGGUGUCGGAUUAUUGCACCUCUCUGUGGUACCAGUGUGCCCUGCCCAGCAGCGUCAUUCAUUGCAUUUCCCAUAAUGAGUGAUCAUUAUGGUAAUAUCAAGGUUCAGGCAGAGCAAAUGAAAUCAUUUGGUGAAGAUACAAAGGAGACUGUGGAUACCAAGGUGCAGGUGCCUGUGUCUUCUCCUUCUGCCUCACCAGACCCUUCCAGCAGCAUUACCACAACUGAUGCACCCAGCUCAUCUAUUUGUAAACAAAGGAGUAAAAAUCUUAGCAGUCCAGGAAAAGAUGAAAAAAGUUCUUGGGGCAAACCCGUCUCAGAAAUGUCAGUGUAUGGCUCUGUAGUUCCUGCUCUUGCAUUAAAAAAUUUAAAUAGUCUAGGAAAUGAGCAAACACUUCACAUCAAAGGGACUGGAAAGAUACUGCAAGGCAAGUCAGAGACUAAUGGCAACUACGUAACCAUCCCUGCAUCCAAAAACACACAUGAAACUCGUUGUGAAGAUGGGUUGAAGCCUUCAAGAAAGAGAAGACCUGUGACAGUGGAUACAUCUAAAGCCAAAACCUCCCUGGAGGCACUAAAGUUGAGCAUCAAGCAGCUAAAGUGGAAAGAGUUUCCUAUGGGAAGACGAGCUGCCUGUGAUAUCUACUGGCAUGGCGUUUCCUUCCAUGAUAAUGAAAAUAUCGUCUCAGGGCAGGUCAACAAAUUUCCAGGGAUGGUUGAAAUGCUGAGGAAAAUCAACCUGAGCAGAGCAGUAAGGACUAUGCAGGAGCUCUUCCCAGAAGAAUACGACUUCUAUCCCCGUUCUUGGAUUCUGCCUGAAGAGUACCAGCAGUUUUCCACACAGAUUCGUGUGGUGAAAGAACACGAUGCAGCAGUGAACCCCACCUUCAUUGUUAAGCCAGAUGGGGGCUCUCAGGGGGAUGGUAUCUACCUCAUCCGUGACCCCAGUGAUCUAAAGCUCAUGGUGGGUUCACAGGCCAAACAGGCUGUGGUCCAGGAGUAUAUCCCAAAGCCGUUACUCAUCGACAAGCUCAAGUUUGAUAUCCGCCUCUACGUGCUGAUUAAGUCCCUCGAGCCAUUGGAGAUCUACAUUGCCAAAGAGGGCCUGACGCGUUUUUGCACUGAGCCCUACCAGGAGCCAAGCCAGAAAAAUCUGAGCCACGUCUUCAUGCACUUGACUAACUACUCCCUCAACGUCCACAGUGGCAACUUUGUGCACUCAGACAGCCAGAACACAGGCAGCAAGCGUACUCUCUCCAGCGUGCUGUACAGGUUGGCAGUUAAAGGUGUAGACAUCAAGAGGGUGUGGUCGGACAUCAUCGCCCUUGUUAUUAAGACCGUCAUCGCUGUGGUGCCUGAACUUAGAGUCUACUAUCAAGCAGAUAUACCGCCUGGUAAACCAGGACCCACAUGCUUCCAGAUAUUAGGCUUUGAUAUCCUGCUGAUGAAGAACUUGAAGCCAGUAUUAUUAGAGGUCAACUCCAACCCCAGUAUGAGAAUAGAACACGAACAAGAAGUGGCACCAGGGGUUUUUGAAUAUGUUCCCAGUCCGGUGGAUGAAGAAGUCAAAGUGGGAGUGAUCAGGGACACACUGCGCCUUAUGGAUCCAUUCAACAAGAAACCAACAAUAAGUUCUCAAACUAAGCCUGGUGGGCUUGAACACGGGGAAGAAAUCCCAGUGGACACUGAGUCACAAGGCAGGAGUCCAGACGAAAUGGGAAAUCUACCUUCACUGUGUCUGAAACAGGUUUACCCGAAAUACACCAAACAGUUCAACCACCUGCGGCUGCUGGAGCGAAUCGCAGCUCUCUUCAUACGCUUCCUCGGGGUUAAGGGCAACAUGCGUCUCGGUCCCACUGCUUUCCGAACCUUCAUCAGGACCUGUAAACUGAGCAACAGCAACUUCACCAUGGCCUCAGUGGACAUCCUUUACAUAGACAUCACACGUCGCUGGUCAGGAACGUUGCCCGACUCCAGAGAAGCAGGAAUGGGGCUACAAGCGUUUGUGGAAGCCUUUUUCUACCUGGCUGGACGAAGAUUCAAAUCUCUGGUGCUGAAGGAGCAGGUAGCGUCGCUGCUGGAGCUCUGUGAGACUCAGCUGGGGCCUCAGUCGAGCGUUGAGGACAGACGCUCUUUGAGCUGCAGCAGGGCGAUGCCGCGGGCUAUAAAAACUCAGACACUGUGCCUCACCAAUCCUCAUCUUAACUCUCCAGCCCCCCAGCGAAGGGCAUCCAGCCAGGACUACCAGGCACAUCAGAGACUCAAGCCUCGCACGCUCAGAGCCAACGUGGAGAACUGAUGAGAGGGAACUACUUAUCCAACCCCCAAACACUGCCUAUAGUUCUCUCCACAGGAGCAGGGAGAUUAAGGGUCUAUUCCUCCUCUGUAGCUCCUUAGAAGGCCUAGAUUGACCUCUGCUGGCUGACUUGUUGGAUGACUGUUCUUAACCUGAUUGUUUUUUCUUUCGGGUAAGAAUAUGUUUGGGGGGGAUGAAAUGGCGAAAAUGGAGAACGAUGUAUGGAGGCUGGUGGAUUCCUUCCUCCCCUUCAUGGUGGGAUCAUACAUGAACAGUAUGGUCCUGCCAGGAGGUGGGCACGUCUGCUUUUAAUGUUCUGAUUUAUUCUACAGGGCAGCUAUUUGCUUCCCUUCACCUUUUGUCUGUCAACAUUAACAAUUAAACAAACUUUUAAUUUCAGGGAUAGCAUUAGAUGCUCAUUGUCGGUCGAUUCACACACAUGACAUUAAAUGACUGGGUGUAAGGGAGUAGUAUAUUUUUGAAUUUGCACAGUAGCUCUUUUGACUAUCAGUGGUGAAAGCUUAUUGACAGCUAGUGGCUCAGCUGUGCGUUCUCCAUGAACCCAUUAGUGAGGAGUUAAGUGAAUAAGUAUUCACUUAUCCUCUUUCAGUUCAGCAGUUAUUCCUGUCCGGCAGCCUCAGACCUUCCAUAAAUAUGUUUUCAGAAUGAUUACCUUGUAACCACAUAAACACCACAAAUAAUUAUUCAUUUCAGAAAUAACUACAUGGCUCAAAACUCCAUAAUUUAAGUAUAUGAACUGUUUGUUAAAUGAGGUUUGAAAAGCCUUUAUUAAUAUAAAUCCAGUGUGUGACAUUGGCUGGCAGCUACACAAAAAAAUAGGUCCAUGCUGGAUGCCAAGCAGAAAAGGUCCCUGUUGUUUCCAAUAAUUGACACUACAGUAUUCCCUUAAUUUACCUUGACUUUACCUUUUGCACUAUUCUUAAUUAAUUUGUCAACUGCAAACAGAAUAAACUACCUGCAGUAUGGGCAGCUGUGAAAACCAUACAGUGGAUUUAUUGAAAAUUUCUGCUAUGGAUGCUAAUAUAGGGCUAACUGCAGUGUGAUUAUAAUAUGAAGUAGAUGUACAAAGUUAUUAACAGUGUCACAUUGUGAAUGAAAUGUACUACAAUAAUAAAAUUUGCUCAUUCAA